AUGCGCGUGGCCGUCCGCGCCCACGAGACGCUUACUCUCACAAGCUUGCCAGCGUACUCCGCUUUGCGGGCAGCAGCCCAGCGAGGCCAUAAGGCUGUCAAGGCAGAGAAGCAGAUCGCUGAUGCAGACGGCGAGGAGGAGGAGAAGAAGCUGACACCGGAAGGAGAGUUGGCACAGGUGCAGCAGAUCCUUUCCGAGAUAGUUGCCAAUCAAGAUCUGCUGCUCGGCCACAUGAAGAAUCUGAGAAGAAAGUUGAUGACUGAGAAGCUAUCUUUCGACCAGACCUACAAGCACCUCGAAGAAGUGCAGCAAGAUGAUCCUCUGAAGCGGUACGGCCUCACUAUGCAGCAGUUCGAUGCUAUGCUCGAGAGGCAUUGGACCGAUCCUAAGGUGAAGGCGGGCAUCCAUCCCAUCGUGGGAAUGCCAAAGAAGACCGACAGCGCUGCCGAGGUGCACUCAGCCGACAAGGUCAUUGAGGUCCACCAAUACAUGCUC